AUGGCGUACAAAACCGUCGACGACGAUCUAGCCUAUGGCGAGUCAUAUCGUGGUGGGAGGUGGGAUAGACAUCCCCUUGUCGCCGAAGUUGACCGCAUCGACGAGCGUGACCGUGUCUACAACCGUGGGCCGGGUGACAGACUACGGGAAACCUCGGUUGGCGAGAGACGUGAACGGCGAUCGCCGCCUCCCAGGGAUGGCGAUCUACCCAUCCGCGGGAAGCGAUACUAUGAGGAACCCCUCCACAUUCGACACUCCCCGCCUCCGGAAGUUGGGCGACGGCUCUACGUGGAUCCGGACCUAGAACGGAGACGCGAUGAACGCCGAGACUCCCCUCCGCGACGCCCGGGAACGCUGCUUAGACGCCAGUCGUCUCUGGAUACCUUUGACCGACGUCCCCCGCCGCGGUUUGUCAAUAGGGACGAGCCCGACCCUCCGGCCCGCUACCGCGACUAUCGGCCCGAGCCGUACGACCCCAUCCCGCUCCCCAGAUCCCGAGCGCUGCCUCCACCCAGGAUGUACGCAGAACGCGAUUAUGACGAAAUCAAAAUCUCCGACCCUGGCCGGUACGGCGACGAGGAAUUCCACAACUAUCCCGGGCGCGUCCUGGAGAGGGAGAUCGUCCGAUCGAGGAGGCGGCGCGAUAGCAGCGGAUCGAAGAGUAAACCAAAGGACGGUAGCGUCCGAAGCAGGAGCACUUCGCGCGCUUCCUCGUCCGACAGCUCGAGCAGCAGCGGAGGCACCGCUAUCACCACCAGGAGCGUGUACCCGAAGAAGGGGAAGACGAGGAUCCCGGCGCGACUCGUUUCCAAGCGCGCUCUUAUCGACCUGUGCUAUCCAUACACCGAAGAGGGAAACACCAUCGUGGUGCAGUUGGCGCUCGGGCAACAAAACAUAGACGACCUACUCAAGCACAGUGAGGAAUAUAAGAGAGCAGAGCAGGAAGUAACCGCCGCCCGCUCGUCCGCCGGUGGCACUGUCGAAGAAAGACGGCAGGAAGUCUUUGUCAUCCCACCUCCGCCCAUGCCAGCUCCGCCUCCCCCACCCGUGAUCCAUACCCAAGCGCCGGUGGUGGCCGCACCUCCGCCGGCUCCCGUCGAGGUAUUCAAGGACACCACUAUCCGCGAAGCUUCGCCCACUCGCACGGUCCGUAGCCGCCGCAGCCACUCGACUUCGACUACACGAGGGCCGCUCAUCAUCGAGCCGACGCCGCGCGAGAUCAGCGAAGAAGUGCCUAUCGGGCCGCUAGCUCUGGUAUCCAGCGGCGACAAGCGGCGCAAGGACCGGGAGAUCAGCUUGGAAAUCGCGCGGCUUCAGGCGGAACGAGACUACCUGUCGACUGAGCUGGAAUACCACCACCCACACCGCCACCACCAUCACCACAGCAGCAGCCGGCACCGGCGGUCGCACUCGCACUCUCACUCGAGGCACCGGUCACAUAGUAGUAGCCGUAGCCGGGUCGGGGAGCGCGAGCUCGUGAGCGCCGAGCGGCUGCCGACGGGCGAGCUCGUGCUGUACGAGGAGCAGGUCGAGCACAUCGAGGAACCGCGUCGUGGCGUGCGCAUCGAGAAGGACAAGAAAGGUAGGAUGUCCAUCAGCGUUCCGAAGUAUCGGUGA